UCGUCUCCCUCUGUCCACUUAGUAUAAAUAAAAGCCCAACGCUCAAAUGGGCGCACUUUCCCCUUACCUUCGAUAAUCUUUUCUCUUCACGUACAGUAGAGACAGCCACAUACAGUAACAGAAAUGGACAACAACAUCAGUGAUGAAUACCAAAACUACUGGGAAACAAACAUGUUCCUCCAGACAGAGGAGCUCGACUGCAGCUACUUCGAAGACGCCAUCUCCGGCUACUACGACUCCAGCUCCCCCGACGGCACGCAAUCUCCGGCAUCCAAAAACAUCGUCUCCGAAAGGAACAGGAGGAAGAAGCUCAACGACAGGCUCUAUGCCCUCAGAGCUGUCGUCCCCAACAUCACCAAGAUGGACAAGGCCUCCAUAAUUAAGGAUGCAAUAGAGUACAUCCAGACGCUGCACGAGGAGGAGAGGAGAGUCCAGGCAGAGAUAUCCGAGCUGGAGUUGCUUAAUGCCCGAGGACUUUCCAACUCCAACACUACUGGGGGUGGGGGUGGGGGUGGGGGUGGGGGGGUCUUCGACUUCGAGCAGGAGGCAGCCACUGUGUUUACCUCCAAGCCUAAAAGGACAAGAAUGGAUUACAACUCCUAUCAUCCUUCUUCUGCUGUUGCUGCUGCCUCCAGAUCAGGGAUGAUGCCAUUUUCCCCCAUUGAAGUUCUCGAGCUGAGAGUUUCGAAUAUGGGGGAGAAGACAUUGGUGGUGAGCUUGACCUGCAGCAAGAGAACAGACACAAUGGUGAAGCUCUGUGAGAUCUUCGAGGCUCUCAACCUCAAGAUUAUUACAGCUAACAUCACUGCUGUUUCUGGGAGGCUUCUCAAGACUGUCUUCCUCGAGGCUGAUGAAGAAGAAAAGGAAGUAUUGAGAUUAAAGAUAGAAUCUGCCAUUGCAGCUCUGAAUGAUCCAGACAGCCCAAUGAGUGCAUAAUCUUCACUACAAGAGGAAAAAGAUUCUACUUAAUAGAGAUCUGAUUUUGUCUUUGUUUUUUCCCCUGCCUUGUCUGUAUAAUCAUCAAUCAUUUAGUCUUGUUUGUUUAGUCAAAAAAGUUUCCCAAAUAAAAUAAAUGGUUUCUUCUA